AUGAAUGUGAACGGUUGCUACUACAACGGACAAUGGAUCAAAUUUUAUAAAAACGUUCAGCUCACCAGAGACGAUGAUGACUCAGAAGACGAAUUUGAAUUUAGAGGUUUUACCAAUCAUGAAGCCAAUAUGUUUAUCGAAAGUCCAUUUGUAAAUAGUUUUCAGUUAUCUAAGCACUAUCAUUGUGGCAGUCACACUUUGAACCUCCUAUCAACAACUGAUUAUAUUAAGCUUUUACAGGAAGAAGGUGUUUUAUUUCAAAUACACAAUAGUGCAAUAACUAAAUGUGAAAAUAUUUGGUCUAAAACUAAAAGACCAAAAUCUUAUGAACAAAUUUAUGAAAUACUAUCAGCUACUCUUAAAACCCCCACAAUAACAAGAUGAAACUCAUUGUUUGAUAGUAUUCAACAUCUUCUUCAAUUCAAGG